AUGCCUCCUCGCGCGUACUCCAAGACCUCGCGUGUCCCUCGUCGCCCUUUCGAGGCCGCUCGAUUGGACUCUGAGCUGAAGCUCGUUGGCGAGUAUGGCCUCCGCAACAAGCGCGAGGUCUGGCGCGUCGGUCUGACUCUGUCCAAGAUUCGUCGUGCUGCCCGUCAGCUCCUCACUCUCGACGAGAAGGACCCCAAGCGCCUCUUCGAGGGUAACGCCUUGAUUCGCCGUCUCGUUCGCGUCGGUGUCCUCGACGAGUCCCGCAUGAAGCUCGAUUACGUCCUGGCCCUGAAGAUCGAGGAUUUCUUGGAGCGCCGCCUCCAGACUUGCGUCUACAAGCUCGGCCUUGCCAAGUCCAUCCACCACGCCCGUGUCCUGAUUCGCCAGCGUCACAUCCGCGUCGGCAAGCAGAUCGUCAACGUUCCCUCGUUCAUUGUCCGCCUCGACUCCCAGAAGCACAUUGACUUCUCCCUUACCUCGCCAUUCGGUGGAGGCCGUCCCGGCCGUGUCCGCAGAAAGAAGGCCAAGGCCGCCGAGGGCGGUGACGGUGAGGAGGAGGAGGAGGAUGACGAGUAA